AUUGCUAAGAAAACACCAGUGUCCUCGGCUGCUCCAAUCAAGUUCAUCAUCACAAAAACUGUUAACAGCAAAGGUCUCAGUCCUCAGACAUCAGUGUCUCCUGUUAUUGCAGGACGGGUCCUGACCCAGAAUUCCCCGGUGAUGCCCCCACGGACCAUCACUCUCACCGAGUCCCACAGCACCAGUAUACAAAGUUUGCCCGGCAAAAAGAUCGCUAUUUCACCCCUUAAGACUCCCAGCAAGGUGACGGUGGUGUCCGUGGCGUCCCCGACCUCCAGCUCCUCACAGAAGUCCGUGACGCUUCCCGUCAACGUAGCGCUCGGCCAGCAGAUCCUCACAGUCCAGCAGUCCACGUCUGCUUCUCCAGUCAAGGUGGCCACCAGCCAAACCACAGCACAGAGCAUCAAACCUGUGCAGUCUGUGGCUGUGGGCGGCGUCGGCAGCUCCCAAUUCAAGACCAUCAUCCCGCUGGCCACUCAGCCGAAUGUGCAGCAGAUUCAGGUUCCAGGUAGCAGGUUCCACUACGUCCGCCUCGUAACAGCAACCACGGCGAGCAGCUCGGUACAGCCCAGCGGGCCCAGCACCAGCUCCAUACAGCCAG